UUAGGCAAAGAGCUGGCCAUCUGUGCAGGGCCAGUUAUGUCCUUCAUGUGCAUGCUUCACAGAUGUCCACACAGGACAAACACAUCAAACCAGAGCAUACAAAGGAGCGUGAGUGCCCAGGAAAGCUCUUCAUGGAAGACCCAAAGGCAUAUUUAAGCAACUACUGACCAGUAGCUGGAACGCUAAUGUGAAUAUGUGAAAAUGGGAGAAUAAGAGAAGACACACUACAGCUCUUUCCACAGAAAACCUGUGCCCUCAGGCAGUAAUGGUUUGAUAGAAUAAAGUAAAAGCUACAGCAGCCCAGUUCACAGAAUAAGGAACAUUGAACAAGGUGAGAGGAAAGCUGCUUACUGUCUUUAGUUUUUCCCAUCCUCAUCACUGCUAUAACACUCUCAGACGAAAAGCUCAUUCUGAGUUGGGAACCUGAAAGCCACUCCAAUUAUCAGGCUCUACAUUUCAUGCAUGCAUUUCAGCAAAACAAAACACACUGUUAAGGGUAAAGUAGCUCCCUUUCCCUUUCACAGAGGGUGCACCUACUGCUGUAUGCUCUGUGACUUCAUAUGUACAAAUUUGGGAUUUCUAUUAUCCACCCCUAUGGCCUUUACAGAUGCCAGAUUUGUUUCUUUACUGCUCAUCAAAUCUAUUACUCAAUAAAGAGUAAUAGCUUUUUACAAUUGAAUUAUAUUUGAUAUUGUGCAUUAUGAUUGUCUAACAGACCAUGAAUGUUCCUGCAGACAGAUUCUGUAGUUUAUUCACCUGCCAUAGUAAAAAGGUAGGUAUGGAAGAUCUAUGAGAAUGGCCUGUGCGUGUACCAUGGGCCUUGUUGCCAUGACCUGCGGAGAAUGAAAAUUAAAAGCUGACCCUCAAUCAUCAUUUAAAUUCUACCGGCUGGUUAAAAUCCAUUGGUGAAUAUCUGAAUACUCUGGGGUCUGACUUACAGCCCAGCAAAUAUGUAAGUUCUGACUGUUCCUCAAAUCUCUUCCUCUGCCAUGCCCACCCUCAGACCUCUAAUUCAUCUCAACACUGCUGCUCUAAAUGUUUUCAUCAAAAUAAAGUUUUAGCAAAACAUGCUUUCUCUGCAGAGCCCUUCUCCCCUCCUCCACAUGUAUGCUGUAGAUCCUUUAGUUUCACCUCAGGUAAAAAACUUUGGUCUCACCUAGGUACAGAAAUAGAUGUGGCUGUGCUUUUAACAAGUGCAACCUAUAAACCACACCAGUCCUUGGACUCCAGGAACAUAUUUCUGCAUUUUUGGCAGAUCAAAACACCUCUCAGUACUAUUUUGGUCUUGAAAAAUAAACAGAAAGCUUUGGCUUUGUUCUUACAUGGAAAAAAUCCAUUUCAAAACCCUCUGAAUAGAAUGACCAUCCUGCAGCUGGCUCUUCUUGGAAUUGCAUUAUUUUGGCAAUGUCAGAUGGUCACUGUCCAUGAGGAACUUCCCCCUGUUCCACUGCACAGACUCUGUAGUGAGUUGUUGCAUAUAUAUCAGACCUUCAGCAGUUAGCCCAGUAUCCACUUUUCCCUUCACGCUUGGUGGGAGUACUGUGUUACAGUGCUUUCGGUACUUACAGGGCCUCAUAGAUGAGAAGAAGAGAAACAGCUUAGGUUUUCAGGGACUGAUGCACUUUUUUGCACUCCCUGGUAAUACAAGGCUCUUUCCUCAGCUACAUCCAUGGAUACUCACUAAUGAUGAACUGUGGUGGGAACUGUUUGCUCACUCCCAGAUCACUGCACUGUGACUGGGGCUUAUUUUCCUGUAAUAAUUUGGGCUCUAUAGCUUCACUUGACUGUGAGAAUCACCUGACCUGAUGUUACAGCUAGGUUUAUUAAAAAUGUAUUAUAUGUUGCUGGAAAUAUUUGUAACACUGUUUUUCCUUAGUUUUUUGCAUUUGUUUUUCAUUUGGCUCUAGUUACUUAAUAUGGCCCAAUCACAUUAAUGUGUAAAUUCAAAAGAACUGCAUGAGACAUAGUUUUAGACUUGAACUCCAAUUGGUUUGCUACAGCCUUAUAAGUUACAGCAAAAGCUUAAAUAAGUAAUUUUUUAAAUUAGGUUUUACUUCAAUAAAUAAAGUUUGUCUUGCUGCAGAUAAAGUACCAGUCUAAGAUUGGUCUACUCAAUGUUUCAAAGUGCAAUGAAUCAAAAGAUCGUGACGAAAGGUUAGUGACUCAAAAGAUGACUCCUUAAAGGCUAACAGUGGGAGUGUCUCCAAUGGUACAAUAUAUAUCACCAAGAGCUCAGAGAAUCUGUUUAGGUUCAGCUGGCAAGCUGGAUUAUUACGCGCCUCUUUGAAGUUUGUGGGGUAAGUAUUUCUCCAAGUAAAAUAUAAUUUCUAAUUUGUAUUCUUUAAUAUGGAAAAAAAAGUGAUAUUUUGUUUAAGAACUUUAAGGUAAGUAUAAGAUAUAUAUGUAAAAAGACAGCAUAUACAGUAAUUUUACCUUGCCUUAUCAAUAUAGCUUAUACUGUUUGACUGUAAAAUACUUUGAGGUGUGCAAAAUAUGAGUGUGUGUACACCAUAGCUUUGAGUAAAAAUACCUCUUUUUUGUUGAAAAUCUGGUGUCACAUUAAAACAGUUCUUUUAUAAUUUUAAUAGUUAUUUUGGGAAUAAAGACAUUUCUUUUUUCUCAGUCUCGCUCUCUGGAGAACACAGGUGAGGUACAGUAUGACAAUUCACAGAGUCUGUGGUUUAGCACCAGAUGCCUCUCAGGUCACAUAAUCAACCACAUCUGCUCCAAACUAUGGAUAUGCUGCUAUUCCUCCAACUUUAACUGUUUUAGAGACAAAAGAACAGUAUGCAACUUUCUUGGCCUCAGAUUCAAAAGAGAGAAUGACUGCAGGUUUCAAUGACUAUCCUUAACAUAUCACAUUCAUUUGCAUCUACAGGAAUUGCAUCUGACUGAAUAAAUGCAACUCUAUGCUGUUUCAAGGUGUACUGCCAAACCCCAUAUUUGUGAUAUAUAUGCUUGUGCUUUUUCUCAACAAAAAAGCAUCAGCAGAGAUUAAAUGUCUGAAAUGGGACUACAGGAAAGAACCCCCCUAAAUCUAUAGUUCAGAAUCUAAGCAACUGGCUGGGUUUACAGAGCAACUUACUCCUGUUAUUCCUAUAAACUACAACAAAGCAACCUCCAAAUUUGUGACUGGUUGUACUAAGCAACAGUAAGAAGUACACUAAGAGUAUAGUGAGUUGACUACAUUUGAUUUAAAGAUCCAGAGCAUGGUCCAGAGCAACCGCAGAAGAAAUUAAAUAUGAAGCUUGCAUUGUCUCAAUCAUCAUUCAGGGUACUCUGGAUGACCAUAGGGAAACUCAUCCAUUCAGUGUUGUAUUUACCAUAUUGAAGCAUGGAUGAAACUAUCUGUUUCCUAAAAGGCAACUACAAAAUACUAUCUUGAUGAUAAGCUAGUAUCUUGCUGGAAGAAAACAAACAUGCAUUCGGAGAUAAAUGGGUCAGGAGUUACCAUAUUUCUAAUGAUCACAGAAUUUGUGAGCUUCACAUCAUUCAUUGGUUCAGCAUCACAAAACCAGCAAUGAACUAGCAGUUUCUUGACUAUUGACAGUAAAACAACUGCUACAUAUCACCACUAUACAGUAAUACUUCUGUUUGCUUCAGAUAACACUGAUUUCACAAUGGGCUCCAUCAGUGCAGCAAAUGCAGAAUUUUCUUUUGAUGUAUUCAAAGAACUGAAAGUCCACCAUGCCAAUGACAACAUCUUCUAUUCGCCCCUGAGCAUCAUUGCAGCCUUAGCCAUGGUUUAUCUGGGAGCAAGAGGUAACACCGAGUAUCAGAUGGAGAAGGUUCUUCACUUUGACAAAAUUGCAGGACUUGGAGGAACUAUUCAGACCAAGUGUGGCAAGUCUAUGAAUAUCCACAUACUGUUUAAAGAACUUCUUUCUGAUAUCACUGCACCAAAAGCCAAUUAUUCACUCCAUAUUGCCAACAGACUCUAUGCUGAAAAGACACGUCCAAUCCUACCGAUCUACUUAAAAUGUGUGAAGAAACUGUACAGAGCAGGUCUGGAAAUGGUCAACUUCAAAACAGCAUCAGAUCAAGCCAGACAGCUCAUUAAUUCCUGGGUGGAAAAUCAGACAAAUGGACAGAUCCAAGAUUUCCUUGUGUCAGGCUCUGUUGAUCUCGAUACUGUGCUGGUCCUUGUGAAUGCCAUUUACUUCAAAGGCAUAUGGAAGACAGCGUUUAAAGAAGACGACACUCAGGAAUUUCCCUUCACAAUGACAAAGCAAGAAAGCAGACCUGUGCAAAUGAUGUGUCAGAACAGUACCUUCAAAGUGGCAACAGUGGCUGCAGAGAAAAUGAAGAUCCUGGAGCUUCCGUACGCCAGCGGAGAGCUGAGCAUGUUGGUGCUGUUGCCUGAUGACGUCUCUGGCCUGGAGCAGCUUGAGAGCAAAAUCAGCUUUGAAAAACUUACGGAGUGGACCAGUCCUAAUGUGAUGGAAAAGAAGAGAGUGAAAGUGUACCUCCCGCGCAUGAAGAUUGAGCAAAAAUAUAACCUUACAUCUGUCUUAAUGGCCUUGGGUAUGACUGACCUGUUCAGCCCUUUGGCCAAUCUGUCUGGCAUCUCUUCAGCAGAGAGCCUGAAGAUAUCUGAGGCCAUCCAUGAGGCAUACAUGGAAGUCAAUGAAGAGGGCACCGAGAUGGCUGGCUCAGCGGGUGUGGUGGAAGGCAUCAAACAUUCCUCUGAGUUUGAAGAGUUUAGGGCUGACCACCCAUUCCUUUUCUUGAUCAAACACAAUCCAACCAACAGCAUCCUCUUCUUUGGUAGAUAUUGUUCCCCCUAAAGAAAGAAAAUGCUGGAAAUAGUUCUUGCCUUCCCCUCAGAAACAGACCCCCUUUAAUGUAGUAUUGUAGUUUAAUCUCAUCUCUUCAAGAUUUUCUCCAAGUGGAAAGCCUAAUCUAAGAAAUGCCCAUUUGGGAAGCUUCCAUAUCAUAGACAUACCGGCAGGUGAGGAAACAGCAGCAAGCACAUGUACUCCUUUCCCUUCUCAUACUGGUUUCAGGAUUGUUUGAGCUGAGCAAAGACUGAGCCAACAGAGAAUAGAGGCACCCACCAGCCAGGAAGGGGCCAAGUGAUUUUCACUCAAGGAACAAGUUGCAGGCACGACUCCAAGUCUUCGGAGUCUAUUAUACACAAAGCCAUGGGCUGUGCUCAUCCCAUUCCCUGGUCACAUUGUGCUGACAAACCCAUGUUGUUGUUCCUGAAACAUGGGUUUUGAGAUCUCCAGUCUGGAGGAGAUGCUUAUGGAUAAGAUUCUGCUAUGCAGGUUAUUGACUGGUGCCUAUGUAAAUUUUAAUAUUUUUUUACUUAGCUGCUGGGAAAUGGUGUACAUGUCCACUAUCAUCAGAACUGGCCUCUCACCAUGAGUUCCUCACCUAAUUCUGAAUUUCUUGCAGAGGUUCUCCAAAGUCAUGGAGAGUCUCCCUUCCACUUCAGAGAGCACAGAGAUAUCUAACUUUGUGUGAGUGCAGUUAUGCCUUCUCACAGAGUGUAGAUUCAAAGCCUGAAACAUGGAUAUCCAGGUGAUCCAGACGAUCCAGGGCUCAGUGAGAACUUCCAGGAAAAAGAGCUGUCUGAAUUCUUGUUUACAACAUUGGAAGACACUUCAAAUUUGAGAACAUAUUGAUUUUUUGUGAAAAAUCCUCCACAGGGUAUUAAAGAAUCUGAUUUCUCAAUGGGAGUUUUGUGAAAUACACAGCUUUCAAAGUAAUCCUUGUCUCUGUUGAGCUUGCUUAGCAGGUAAACUUCAAUUAGUCCCUGGAAAGCCCUCAGGUGAAGUUCAAAACUUGAGUACAUUAUUCUUCCAUGAAUGCAGCUGGGGUUCUUUGUUCCUGUGAUAGUUCAAGGCUAUAUCUCUUGUUUUUAAGAAAUACAUGAGAAUCCUAGUAUUCUCUGUCUUUUUCUUCCUAUGUGUCCAUUACCAUCUGCAGAUAUGGAUAAAUUGGCUCAAUACUAUGUCCUGUUUUCAUUCUAAUCAUACAUUAUUGAUUUUGAUGCAUACAAUUGAUUUUUUUUUUUUUUUUGUUAACAUAAUAAAAGAAAAUCACAAAUGCUUGUCAUGAGAUUUAUAUUGAUUUUCUGGACUACAAAUCCUUAAAAAUAUCGUUACAUUGGUAACCAUUGACAAACCUUAUACUAAAAUGGGAUUUAGUAUAAAAUUCUAUUUUUAGAAUGAAUAAAGCAUAUAGAUAUGAAGUUUCCUAGGCAUUUAUGAAAUGCAUAAAUGCACACAUCUAGAGUUUGAUUCCUCUCUGUAUUACAGAUUACCAAGCAAUAGCCCAAUGGAGUACUAAUUUAUUCUUAUGUAUUUUUCAAUACAAUUCCAAAGGGUAUUAAAGAUGCACUGACAAUUAUUCUGGUAAAUAUUUUGAGAAACAACUAUUCCAGCAGCUCUGCCAUUUUAGAUGAUGAAAUAAUCUGAAAAUCAUAUAACUCAAAAGGCAUAAAAAAGAAUAAGUAGAUUGACAACUAUUAGGCAAAGUAUUUCCCCACUGAGAGUCUUGAGAGGAGGAACUCUGUCGUUAAUAUUGGCUAUUUCCACAUUAGCACAUAGUGUGGCAUAAUAAAAGCAGAUCUGUAGAGGAAAGAAGCUGGUGCUACAGGUUUGAUAUCCACGUUAUUUGAACAUUGUCAGGAUAUUUGUGAUACAGACUCAGCUGGUUUUUGUGGUAAAAACAGCUAUUUCACCAUGUAUACUUCAAUGUUUGUUCUUUAGAAAUGAAAGCAGUGAUAUGAACAGUUCCAAGAGAUGCAAAAUUUUAACAUCUCAGGGUUUAUUCACCUUUUGCAUCUUUUGUAGCCAGAAGCAGCUGAUCCAGUCUGUUAAAUUUAAAAGCCCAUACACUUAAUCAGAAGACUUGAAAAGGGUUACAUUUGCAAACUAGCCUUCCUAUGAUUAUUAAACUGGAAAGUGCUUAAAGUACAAAGCUAUGCCUCAGUGACCAACGUUGUUUCCUGAAAGACAACAAAGGUCAAAAGGAAGGAAUGGGAAAAAAGCAAAGGAGUCAUGGAGCUUAAAAGCAAGUACAAAGCUUCCCCUUUCUCAAAAGGGAAAACAGGAGGCAGCAAAAAAUGCAAAUUCAGCAAUACUGGACCAAACCUGUAACAAAGCACCAAAGCAAUCAACAAAGCCCUGGCCACCACAGACCAGGUAGGAGGCAUAGUAUUUAAAGGGCAGUGGAAAAGUAUUGCCCAUGAAGGGGGUGGUAGACCUGGCUGGUGGGAUGAUGAACGCCUGCUGUCCUCUCAUGACAGAUGCUUCAAUCACUUCAUCAUUUUUGUGGCUCUUCUCUGGUCCUGCUCCAGUACAUCCACAUCUCUUUUGUACCGGAAAGCCCAG